ACACUUAUUAGUUCUCUAACAAACCUAGCAAGUAGAGAUCUUUCUCUCUAUUAUUAUUCUCUCUCUCUUUUUUUUUCUCUAUCUAUAAAUCUAUUAGCAUCUUGAAUUAUUCUUCAUGUUGACAAAUUCUCUUCCAUCAAUAAUGCAAACCUUGUUAGCAUCAUCACCCCCUAAAUUUCAAGGACCAGAUUUGUCCUUAAACAUAAGCCCUCCAUGUGUUAGUGUCUCAGAUUCCGAAAACAACAACCUCAACAACAACAACAACAACAUGAACAUGAACAUGAACAUGAACAUGUUCCUAAGUAGUAGGAAGAAAAUUGUUUACAAUGAUAUAAGUACUAGUUCAACUACUUCAGAUUCAGGUGGUAGUAGUUGUGGAAGUGCAAGUGACUUAAGCCAUGAAAACAACAACCUUCUUCAUCAUCAACCUACAUUGACCUUAGAUUUGAAUAAUUACCAUCAUCAUCAUCAAGGACUUUCUAGAAGCUUCAAUAAUCACCACCAUUUCCAACCUCAAAUCUAUGGCCGCGAGUUCAAGAGAAGCUCCAGGGUCAUUAAUGGAGUCAAGAGGAGCGUGAGAGCACCUAGGAUGAGAUGGACAACAACCCUCCAUGCCCAUUUUGUUCAUGCUGUUCAACUCCUUGGUGGCCAUGAAAGGGCAACACCAAAGUCAGUUUUAGAGUUAAUGAAUGUUAAGGAUCUAACCCUAGCACACGUCAAAAGUCACUUACAGAUGUAUAGAACAGUGAAGAGCACCGACAAAAGCACAGGUCAUGGCCAGACAGAUAUGGGUUUAAUCCCAAUGCCAAGGAUUAAUAAUGUUGCUCACUUGCAUGCCAAUAAUGGAGUUUCAGCUUCUCAUGAUGAUAGACCAAAUAAUUUACCACAUCCACCACAAAAUUAUUCCCAAAGGUCAUGGCAAUCAUCAAUAAUGGAGGCAAAUACAAACAAUAGUAGACAAAAACCCCAACUUGGUUUGACGGAUUCUCAUACAAAGGGAUAUGAAACCAUGGUGGAAGAGCACAAUUGUGUGGGCAUGUCUAAUUGCAUGAAGGAGAAUAAGUUGGAUUCUACUUCAUUGUCAAGUUCUGAUGAGUUGAUGCUUGAUCUUGAAUUCACCCUUGGAAGGCCAAAUUGGGAAAAGGAACAUCAAAAGGAGUCAUCAAGAGUAGAAUUAACCCUUCUCAAAUGUUAAUCAAUUAAUUAAUUGACUAAUCACUAAUUAAUUUCCUUGUCACUAAAAAAAUAGUAGUAGUACUACUACAACAACAACAACUAGCUUAUAUAUAUUAUGAUGAUGAAGCUAAGUAAUUAUUAUUGUUCCAUGUGAAUUACUAAUGAUUUUGUAUUGAUAGUACAUCAUCCCCUUUUUUUUUAUAAAUUUUAGAAAGAGAGAGAUAGAUGCAUGGAACUAAAUGGGAUAAUAAAAUGUUGCUACAAAACAUAUGCUUGAGUCCAAAGAGUUUCAUGUCUUGUCUUUGAUGUCAUUUUCAGUGCCAAGAGUGUAAGAAUAAAAAGGAAGAAGAGAAGGCCAUGGACCAUGGCUUAUACUUUGGGCAAAAGAGAUCAGAGGACCCAUUUCGGAAUUUUUAUUUUGGACAUGUGGGUAAAGUUUUAUGCCACACUAUCAUCACAAUAUUGUUCUCAUCAUAUUAUCUGUACAAGA